ACUAGCCUCCCUAUUCCAAGACCAGAAAGCAAUCAAGAACGCCCGAAAGUAUUGACAAACGUUUGUCUCCGGAAUAUACUGUAUUUCAACCCUAUUUUUCGAAAAAGUGAUAUUAAAGAGUGACAAUGGGAGCAGCUGCAUUUCCUGUGUUGUUUUUCACUCUUGUCUGGGGUGCGGUAGGCAUUGUGCUCCCGUUUUUCGUUCCCAAGGGACCAAAUCGUGGAAUUCUUCAAGUUAUUUUGAUGUUAACAGCCUUCACGUGUUGGUUAUUCUGGUUAUGCUGCUAUAUGGCACAAAUGAAUCCCUUAGUGGGUCCAAAAUUAAAUGCCCACACACUCUUGAUAAUGGCACGUGAAUGGGGCGGUCGGCAGAUACUGGAAAAUUAGCAAAAGCCAUUAGACAAAGGAAUGGUUAAUUGAACAAAAAAUACUUGCGAGUAUAUUUAUCAUCAUUCCUGAGAGCCAGGAGAAAAAUCCUGACAUAAUUGUGAAAAAUAUUCAGAGUAUUCAUUAAUUCAUUUUAUUUUAUUUAUGAAAUCCAAGAAAUGUUCAAAGCCAAUGUGUAUAUAUAAACUAUUAUAGUUGAAUAAAAUAAUCGUCUGGGUUAUCUCACAUUUA